CAAGCGGCGACAACAGCUGCGACAAUGCUUCUUUAGAAAGGAGACAACAAAGUAAAGUGAGCAUCGCAAUACCGGUAGCUGAGCAAAUACGUGAGGCCAGAAAGCGGCUUCAGUUGAUAAAACAUUGUUCAAUAUCCUGUUAAUCGAACGGUCAUGCCUUCUUUUCUGAAGGCUUAAUGAACAUCCAAGGGCCCCCUGAAACUCCAGAAAAUAGGUUGAAAAUGAAAGAACGCUCAAUCAUGGAAAUGAAAAUGUCUUGCCCCAGCGUCUGAUUGUCUGAUUGGUUCUGCCAGUGGCAAACUUUAGAACUUACAAAAGCAAUAUUGCAAUAUUGCUCAAACCUUGGUCACACCGCAUUGACGGCAUUUCGAUAUUUCGACCCUACUCAGUACAUGUAGACUAGUCUACUUGGCCAGCCGCAUCCACAGUCGUACCGGUAUCUUUCAGCUAACUUUCAGUUUCCUCGCAUUCAUUUUCGCCUCUCCUCCACAACAGUUUGCAGUCAUAAAUUUUCCACUUGGUCGUUUUUCGCUCCUCCAUCUCUCACUUCUCUCCCAAGAUCGCUCCAUCCAUCAGCCAAGAUGUCAUACUACGACGAUGAACUACGCGACCCUGUGAAACCUAUCGUUGCCAUUAUCGGGGCAGGUGUGGCAGGAGUUGCUGCUGCUGGAGCCCUUCAGGACUACGGCCUGGACUUUGUGGUGUUUGACAAGAACAGCCGGCCAGGAGGUCUCUGGGCAGACAACUAUCCCGGUGCCAAAGUCCAAUCCACCACGGAGCUCUACGAGUACCCUAGCAAACGAUUCCCCGCCUCGAUCCGCAAUCGCAGUGACCCACCUGCCCCGACAGCGGACGAAGUAUGCACGUAUCUUGAAGAAUACAUUCACGAGAAGAACAUGGCCUCCAAGUUCCGCUUCAACAGCACCGUCUCGGAUGUCUUGUGCACAUCGGAAGACAACUGGAUUGUGGAGUUUGAUGGCCUCAACACCAUGCGCUUCACCUUUGUGAUUGUCUGCAAUGGACUGGUGUCUUCCAAGCCCAACCACAUUAUGAUUGAGGGCAUGGAGUCCUUCCGAAAUAAUGGUGGCAAGAUCAUCCAUACAUCGGAACGACGAGAAGACCUGAACCUAGAAGGCAAGCGUGUCCUGGUGAUUGGCAAUGGCAAGAGUGCAGUCGAUGCUGCCACCGCGGCUGCUCAAGCUGCCACGGCCAGUGGCACCCUCCCUCCCAUUCAAGUAGCACGACGCCAGACGUGGUAUGUCCCCAGGUAUCUCUUGGGAGUUCUUCAGUACAAGUGGGCCUUCCACACAAGGAUUGGAUCGGCCUUGUUGCCGCGAUACUACGAAACCACCAAUCCAAUCCUCAAGCUUUUACACUUUAUAUUUACGCCCGUCAAGUGGCUUCUCUGGCGACUGGUGGAACUUCUCUUGUUGUUGCAAUUCCGAUUGCCCUACCGUUUGUGGCCCAAGCUUGGAACUGUCGAAAACGCUGCCUUGGAAACAUCCGUCCUCAUCACCGAUGAAGAACACUUGGUCCGUCUCCGCAAGGGAGUCAUUGACAUGAGGAUUGGGACAGUCCAACGGCUGGAACCCAACAAGGCAAUCAUGUCUGAUGGAAGGGAGGAACAGGUCGAUGUCAUUAUUCUGGGCACUGGUUGGAAGCUCAGCUACGAUCAGUUCAUGCACAGCGACAGUAUCUUUGCAGGGCUCGGCUUUUCGAAGGACGGCCUUGAUUUUUGCAAUGAUGGACUAUGGCUCUACCGCAACAUUCUACCGGCUGGAUUCAAGGGCAUGGCCUUUGUGGGGGCCAACACUUUGACCUUUAUGAAUAUCUUUACGGCAUACAUCCAAGCCUAUUGGCUGGCACAACUGUUGGCGGGGGAACGUCCCUGGCCGGAGGAAGCUCACAUGAAAGAGACCGUGGAGCGUGAAAAGGAGUACAAGCGUGGGCUCUACAAGGCUAGUGAAAUGCGUGGGGCGUCGGUGGAGGCGUACAUGCAACACUAUCACGACGUGCUCUUCAAGGAGAUGAAUGCCCGCAAACCCUACAACUGCCUCAUCCGACCACUUGCGGAUCUCGUGAUGCCUGUCCUGCCCAGUACGAUGCAGGGCUGUUUGGAGCCGCUGGAUGCCCUAGAGAAUGGAGUACACACAACAUCAUCUUCGGAUGAUAGCAGCAACAGCCGCUUCAAUCUGAAUUUUCAAGAUGAGAUUGUACUUCCAAAUUGCAAAACUGUGUGCACAGUUUAGUUGGCUGAUGUCCUGGCGGUUCCAGGGUCGAGUUUUGUGAGGGUAAUCCAUGCGCGCACCAAAAUGCAGCUAUGGGUGCCGUGGAUGUAGCAGGGUCCAAUUGCUAUGAGGCAGUUUUGUCUGCAGACUGUAGCUAACGUAAUAAUAAAAUGCAUUUGUACAUCU